AUGCAACGGUUGCUCGACGGCAAACACCAAGUCGCCUCCAAGGCGAGCGAGACGAAGCGACGCUUGAUGGCUGCCACGGGAGCGACGCCAUAUCUCGCCCAAAAGAAGAGAGAAAAGCGAGAAAAGGAUGGGAAAGUCGGAGAGGUGGAGGAAUGGAACCUCGACGAAAUCCGCGUCCCUGGAGAUCUCAUUAAAGGAACCGUGUUGACCAAGAUUUCGGAGAAGCGUGGAAAAGCGCCAAAGGAUCGGUUGUUCCGGCUGGAUCCGGAUCAGGGCAAGAUUUACUGGGAUUCGCGAAAGCGUGGUGUCAUAUACAUCGAGAAUAUCAAAGAACUUCGACCAGGACCGUCCGCUCAUUCAGAGAUCAUGUCGCUCCUCGACACCAACGACGCGAGCACGAUUGAAAAUCGGUGGCUGACCAUCAUCUAUACGAUCGAAGACGAGUAUAAAACACUUCAUGUCAUAGCUCCGACGGCCGAAUCGCUUGACCAGUGGUACACGACGCUCUCGCAAUUACGCCAGCUUCGACUCGACUUUAUGGCGGGGCUCCUCCAUUCUUCGUCCGCAGGCACGGAUGGAGCGCUCUGGGACAGACACCACUUUGCCGGUGCGGACAAGAAGAAGGAUAAUCAACUCGAAUGGAGUGAAGUGAAGGCACUGUGCCGCAGACUCAACUUUGGUGGCUCAGAGGACGAUAUAAAGAGGCAGUUCAAAGAAUGUGACGCAGACGGAAGAGGGACGUUGACCUUUGACGAGUUCCAAACGUUUGUGGCACGGUUGAGGAGACGCUCGGAAAUUGCGACCAUCUUCGAAGAAGCAAGGGGUGGAGAGGCAUUUACAGUCCAGAUUUUCGAAAGGUUUAUGCGGGAACACCAAAAACCCUCGUGGACGACAGAAGAGUUGGCCCGAAUCUUUGCACUCUUCGCGCCGCAGAUCGAUGGAAAGGCUCAGGCCGCCUGGACAGAGGAUGCCUUUUCGGCAUUUUUACAGUCGGGAUACAACGCCGCGUUUUCUGAAUCGGUGUCCUCUCCUCCUGCGGCUGGGACGUCUCAGCAAGCGCCAGUGAAGCCACACGCCCAAAAUAGGAUCAUCCACGACAUGACCCAACCCCUCUCAUCCUACUUUAUCUGCUCCUCGCACAACACAUAUCUCAUUGGAAACCAGUUAGUGGGGGACUCGAGCGUCGAAGGAUACAUUCGGGCGAUGCUUGGUGGGUGUAGAAGUGUGGAGAUGGACAUAUACGACGGACCAGAAGCUGGGUCAUUCGACCUUGGCAUUAAUACCGGAAACACUCUCUCCACCGAAGCCCAUGCGGUGCGGGCAGAGGUUGGGGAGGCUGCUGCAGCCGUUGGGCAGGCGAUUGGACUUGUGGAAGAUGAUGCAGAGGAUCGAAUCAAGGAGUCUAUGGGGAAGACUGAGAAGAAAGAGAUCAUGAAGCGCAAAAUUGUAGAAGAUGCCGAUGGAUUGAUCUUGGGCGAGCCAAUCGUCACACAUGGGGGUACUCUUACGAGCUCGCUCUCUGUGCGUAGGAUAUGUGAGGCUAUCGAACGCUACGCCUUUGUCAUGAGCCCCUAUCCUAUCAUUAUCAGCGCCGAGGUUCACUGCAGUGUCGAGCAGCAGAAGGUGCUGGUCCAUAUUAUGCGCGAGGUCUUUGGCGACAAGCUCGUCGUUGCACCCAUCAAUCCAGAAGAUGCAGAUAUCAUUCUUCCGAGUCCUGAAGACCUCAAAGGCCGCAUCUUGCUGAAAGCAAAGAACAAAACUAUGGACGCAGAGGCCAAGGCGUUGGCGGACGAGGCUCCAGUUAAAAAGGAGAAAAGGCAAAGCUGGGUAAAAGGGGAAGCCAAGAGUUUGAUGGGCAAAAUGUUUGGAAUAGGCCGUUCUCGCUCGCCGUCGCCGGCUCCAGAGAAAAGAAAAGGGGAAACACAAGAAAAGGAAGGAGAUGAAAAGCCACUCCAGUUCACCAAAUCCCCCGAAGGCGUGACAGCGCCGCCUGUCGCUGCUGUCAUCGAGCAGUCUGCGAACUUGCCGAAAGUGGAAGUUACCACUGAUGCAACAACAACGCCAGCCACCGAUUCUUCAACGAGUGAAGCUACUUCCAAGCCAAACCCGCCUUCUGGGAAAGUCGUAAUGGCACCCGAACUUGUCCCACUCCUCGUCUAUACAUCUGGGGUUACGUUCCGUGGACUGCAGCCAAAGAAGACUUACGGACCCUCCCAAGUCUUCUCUCUCUCAGAGUCCCGCGCAAAGGGACUCAUUCAUAACCCUGUUCAAGCAGACGUCAAGGACUCACUCAAAAGAGCGCCCACGAUAGCACUUUGCUCAGUGGAUUCCAGCAAUUAUGAACCAAACGUAUUUUGGGCGAUGGGCUGCCAACUGGUCACGGUCAAUUGGCAGACUGUUGAUCGAGGAUGGCAUAUUAACCGUGCAAUGUUCCUUCGCAAUGGCGGCGCGGGCUAUGUCCUCAAGUCACCUGCCCUCCUCGACUCUUCCUACCCGGUCGACCUCUCCAAGCACCGCCUAACCAAGCAUGUCCUCAAAAUCCGCAUCAUCUCUGCUCAGCAGCUUCCCAGACCAAAGGAUCACCAAGGCUACGAAAUCAUCGACAAGGACACGGUCGACCCCUAUGUCAAGGUCACGAUUCAUAUCCCAAUCUGGGCAAGUGGACAAAGCAGCGGGUCGAUUGCGCCUGUUCCAGUAAAACCUGUCGUCCAAGGUGGGUUGGCACCAGGAAGCGGAGCGCGGACCGUACCAGUCAGUCAAAUCUCAGCUCCCCUUGGAGAGAAGGAGAGAGAGGCAGAAGAAGAUCGCACGCUUCAACCUGGUGAAGCCCAGACUUCGUCCUCCCACCAUCAAGCACUCCUCGUUGAAUCUGGUAGCAGAGGCGAGGAGCAGGCAGGUGCUGCCGUCGGAGAGAGAGAGGUCAAAAUGCGGACCAAAACGGUCAGAAACAAUGGGUUCAACCCCGUCUGGAAUGAAGAGCUACAGUUGCCGUUUGAUGUCUUUGGCGAGGGCAUGAGGGAUACCAUCUUUGUCCGCUUCAUAGUGAAAGACGAUAACAAUCUGGAUAAGGACGACUUUGUCGGCGGCUACUGCAUCAGCCUUGGAUCGUUGGAGAUGGGAUAUCGUCAUAUUCCACUCUACGAUGAACAGGCCAACCAGAUUCUUUUUGCUGGACUGUUUGUCCACCUAUCCAUCGAGGAUCUAUAA